AUGUCAAGUUGUUUUGGUGCAUUUCGGUAUAUAAAAAAGGAUAAGAAAACAGAAACCAGUUGUAAUGCAAACAAUUGCCAUGUUGAAAACGGUUUAAAUUCAGAUUUCCCUUCCGUUAUCGGAAACGUUCCAGAAUCGCUUAUAGGUAAUAUAGGUAAUGCGAAACUAUUGGAAGAACGUCUAAAGCGCUACGAAGAUGAAACAGAUCGAAUUAGCAGUACAUCAACAUUAAUAGACAGAGCCGAAUAUUUACGAAGAAACAGAGAAAAUAAUGUUUCAAGUGCAAUCACUAAUGUAGAAGAUGCGAUGAACUUUGAUCUCUGCUUCGUUUUAGAUUGUAUAUCUUCUAUGAUGUAUCAUAUCACAGCAGCUAAAGAUCAUAUAUUAAAAGUGGCUAAUUAUGUUAACAACAAUAAUUCAAAAAUUAAAUUUUGGGUUGGCUUCUGUGGAUAUCGUGAUCACUUUGAUCGUAAUCGUUUACAGAUUUUUGAUUUUACUAACUCUCUCGAGAAAUUUGAAUCAUACAUAACUAAUAAAGUG